AAAACGUUCGCCAACGCUCGCGAACCAUACGAGAGUUUGCGUUAAUGAACGGAAUGUUGUUCGCGAGCGUUUUAGCCAAUCGCAAACGUCUUUUACACAUAGCUAGCGAGGCGAACCAAAAUGGCGGACAGCAACAACAUGGACACUGAAGGCUAUUUAAGGAAUUUGACCUUAUCUUUUCCUGAUGGCAGUACUGCUACAGUUACAGUUGAUCUUCCUACCUACAGAGCUGCUAUAGAAGAAGAAGAUCAAUCUGUGUUAGAUGAAAUUAUAAAGAAUUACAACGAGUUAAAGGACCAGACAGAAGGUGCAGUGAGCACGCCAAAGCAGAACAAAGGAGUGACAAAAGUCCACACCUCUGACAGUCCAGUGAGCACGCCAAAACAGGACAAAGGAGUGACACAACCUGACUUUAAUGUCCACACCUCAGACACUGUUAAUUGGAGACAUGAGGAGGUUCUUCUGCUGAUCUCUUUGUAUUCUGAGCACCAGCAGAUGUUCAGCAACUCCCUUUUCAAGGCUUUUGAAGUCUGGAAAAGGAUUGCUGAAGGCAUGAGGGAAAAAGGCUAUUCAUUUACUGGCCUGCAGUGCGACAAGAAAUUUCGCUCGUUGAAGUACAGGUAUAAAACUAUUGCGGAUGCGAACGAGAAGAGCGGUCGAGGCAGGAGGAAAUGGGAAUUCUUUGAGGCAAUGGAUGAACUGUUGGCAGGUGAUCCGUCUGUAAGGCCUGUAGCUGUCAUAUCUUCAUCAAAAGUCACAUCCAAGCCACCAUUGCCUCAUAGAACAAGCCAGCCAGAAAUAGCUGUUGAAAAUCGGAUGUCAAUUCCGGCUAAAGAGCCAAGUCGAACUGGUCAAUCAGCUACGCCACCCGCAAGAACUGCAACUCCACCUGCUAGAGCUCCUACUCCACCUGUUCGGGCAGGAACACCGACCACACAACCUUCAACCCCCGAAGGUGAACCAACUAGGAAGAGGAGACGCAGCAGCACUGAGGCACCAGCAUGGUUUUCGGCAUUUGUUGAAGAACAUAACAGACAAGUCGAGGAUAUGCUGGAAACAAACAGAAGGAUUGCUGCUGCAGCGGAGGAGAGAAAUAAGACUCUUAGUCUUCUUGUAGAGGCUUUAGUGAAAAAUAAAAAUUAGUUAUAUGGUACAUUUUGUGUCUGGUCUAUAACCUCUUCAUAGAACUUGUUAUUUUGUAAAUACUUGUACAAAUGUUCACAAUAAUGAGAUGGUGUGUAAUCACUGACAUGUGCAAUAACCAUUCGCCUACACUAAGGUGAAGGCAGAGAUUAACAUUUUUAUGCAUCAUAUAAUACUUCCCUAAGGAAGAGGACAUUGGUAACUUUGUUACAAUUUUUUUUACUUUUUUCUAUGUCAAAUAUAACAUAAGAGAACUAUAACAACUUUUACUAGACAUUUCUGAAAUUUAUGUUCAGCAUUGUCCUGUCAUAUAUUUAAAAUUUUGUCUGUAAAUAUGUUAAUACUUUAACUUACACUGUGUCUAAUAGAAUAUAGAUUAU